UCAUCAUCGCGAGAGAGGAUCAUUGAGACAAGAAAGACCGAUGGCGAAAGUUGGAGGAGGUCUACGGACCAUUGGUGUGAUCACCAAACUGGACCUGAUGGAUGAAGGGACAGACUCACGAGACAUCCUGGAAAACAAACUACUGCCGCUCCACAGAGGUUACAUCGGGGUGGUGAACCGCAGUCAGAAGGACAUUGAUGGAAAGAAAGACAUCCACGCUGCUUUGGCUGCUGAGGCUGCUGAGAGGAAGUUCUUCCUGUCCCACCCGGGGUACAGACACAUUGCAGAAUGCAUGGGCACACCACACCUGCAGAAGACCCUCAAUCAGGUGAAUGCAGAAUUUAAGAGAAUCACAACAAUUAAUUUGCAAUCCAAGUUCUUCUCUUCGCUGGAUAUUCACUCUACAAGCCUGAUCGAUGUGUAUACCAAGAAAGGUGGAGUUCAAGGGAAGAAGAUCAAAAGCAUCAUGCUUCCCAUAACCCAGACUGACAGCAUUGACGUGAGACGCGAAUGCAUCCUCAAAGGUCUUUGUGUCUACUUCAAUGAAGAUCCAGAGCUGGUGAAGGAAUACAUGAGCAUCGACAACAGCAGUCAAACGGCAAUGGCAGAGACGGUCUUCGGAAUAUUUGUCAUUCGACACGAAGGUGCAGAGCCUGGGGAUGACCCCGAGAACGUUGGGAUCAUUCUGGAGGGGCUCGAAGUGUUGGAUGAGUUGGGAAACUUAUCUUUUACGGUGGCGAUGAUGUUUGCUCUCGUGUAUGCUCUAAACUUGAGCUACCCUCCAGAGCUGAAGUUUACAUUUGAAGCACUGCAGAAAAUAAUGAUGGAGCUAGAUGAAAACAGACUAUCCACAAAAGGACAAGUUCUCAAAACAUUGCUUUCCCGUGCCUAAUGUCACUGUUUGGGAUCGCCUCAUCUUCCAAACACGCAGCCAUCAGAGAUUCGGUGACUCACCUCUUUGACAGAAAUGUUGAUUGUAUGCAAGAAGUAUAAAAGUAAGCAUUCAAAGUUGGCUGUAGCAUGGUUACGUGGACCUCACUGAGCAGAGGGCUGUGCGAGGAGGCAGAUGUUACCAUGUUGCCUUAUUUGGUCUACUGUUGAAAUUCAAGUUUGUUAUACUGUUCACCCUAAAGUUGAAACAUUUUAAUAUUUGGGAAGAAACUGUGUUUUUUCAAGCAUCUGUCAGUAUAAAGCUAUUUUGUGAAAUAUAUAUUCACUGUUAUAUUUAAUAACAGUGAAAGCCAGUCUGCUUGUUGGCUGAGAUGGUGUUCUUAAUGGGCUUUUUUUAUUGCAUGUUCUCUAAUCUGCAUACUUAGACUGACAGCAAUGACGUGAGACACGAAUGCAUCCUCGUAUUAUAUUUCAUAUAAUAUUUGGGAAGAAACUUAAUUUUUUCAAGCAUCUGCAGCAUUGUUUCUCUUUGCCUAUUUUGUGAAAUACAAUUUUGUAUUUCAACAUCUCGCGUUUGUGUUAUGUUUCCACCCUUGAAGCUCACUAGACUACUGUUGAAAUUCUGUUUCUGUUACUGUUCACUCUAAACGUUUUAAAUAUGUAAACACUCAAAAGUUAUUCUUUGAAUGAACUUGAUUAAAUCAUGGACAGUAUUUCCACAUGAUGAAAUGGCUUUCUUUCAGCUUUAAGCAAUUACGUUGACCCAACCCAGGUAAAUUAAGUUGGUAACACACCUUAUAAAUAAGUUGUAUCAAUCCUAAUAGAUUGCAUUGACCCAACCCAAGUAGAGUUAUUUUUUUGAGUGUAGGGUCCUUCUCAGGUCCAUUAAAUGGAAUCCUUGCGUCCCUCACUUGCGUCGUUUCCCUGCGUUUAGUCCCUUCCUGCAGGGAAGUGAGACGCAAGGAAACCAUGCACAAGAA